GUCCAUCUAAGUUAGCGAAGAUCUAACGGUGGAUAUAGAAUCAUACGCUACUUUCCCUCCCUAUAUAAAUCUGAAAAAAGGAUUCAGAAGUGUCUACCGUACACACAUACCCAUACGAACGAACACUCACAAUCUUCAAAAAGAGAGAAAGAGAGAGAGAAAUUAAAAAAAGAAUGGUGUCGUGGAUGAUGACAAUCAAGGCGGUGCUACUCUCUAGCGGCGUCGCAUCCGUUGUUAUGUUGCUUAAAGUCUCUGUUCCGGUAGCUGUUGAUUUCUCCGUGUCGCAAGCUCUGAUCUUAUGGAGCUCCUUGUUGUCGUGGCUGAAACCGCCGUAUCUCUACGUUGUUACCAACGGAAUCAUCAUCACUAUCGUUGCUUCUUCUAAGUAUUACAGAAGCCAUCAUGAUCGGGAUGAAGAAGACGAGAUCGUUGUAUACGGUGGUGGCGGUGGUGGUGGUUAUAAGAUCCACCAGACGGAGGAGCCGGUUGUGAAUCAACAUCAAGCUCCUCCGCGGAUGUUGGAGGUUAAGGAUUUGGAUUCCGGUGCGCAUUUCGGUUUCGUUGUAGCGAAUCCGGAGGCGGAGGAGCUGGAAUCAGAAGUGGUUACGGUGGUUGAAGAGGAGGAGGAGAUAAAAUAUGCGGUGGCGACGGCGGCGGAGGAUGAAAUUGAAGAGGAGCUUAAGAGAGUGAUUAUGGUGGAGAAUUCAGAUCUGGUUGAAUCCGAUUUUGUAUCGUUGCAGAAUUCAAAUCAGAAUCAUCUGAUCGAAUCGGAGAAUCUUCCUCCGAUUGAGAAGCCUCUGGUUUCUUCAAGGUUCAGUCACCGGAAAUUAAUGAAAGCAAGCCAAGAAGGUGUGAGAGCUUUGAGAGUGACGAAGCCAAAGGGAAACGAAGAGACGUUAGAGAACAUAUGGAAGAUGAUAACGGAAGAGAAAAGAAAGUUAUACCGGAGAUCUGAUACGUUUACCCGUGGUGAUUCCAGCGGUUGUGGCGUGGACGGCGAGGCGAAACCGGUUUAUAAGAAAUCGGAGACGUUUCGAGACAGGACUAAUUAUUACCAGACGCUAGAGACGACGGCGAAGAUGAGAAAAGAGCCGUCGCUGAGUCAGGAUGAGUUGAAUCGACGAGUCGAGGCGUUUAUAAAGAAGACCAACGAGGAGAUGAAGUUGCAGAGAUUGGAGUCGCUUAGACAGUACAAAGAGAUAACUAGCCGUGGGGUUUAAGCUUCUAUGUUGUUUUUUUACCUUCGUUUAAAUUUUAUUUUACUCACUAAAAAAAUAGAAAGAGAAAAUUAGUCACAGUGGAUUUUAACUUUUUAAGGAAAAAAAGAAAGUUAGAUGUCAAAAAAAAUCUGUUUAUUAAUUUGUGAAGCUUGAGGUUUUUAUAGUCAAUGCUUUGAAGUAAUUAUUAUCAUAGGGUUUUUUUGUUGGUGUUGUUUGUGUGAUGUGUAUAAUAUUUGGUUUGUAAAUAUUAAUGUGCUGGUUUUA